AUGCGACGCUUUGGGCCUCGCAGUCCCGAUCAUCAUGAUUAUAGGUACGUCGAGAAGUACGACGAUGAGCAGCUCCCUGGUGGUCGCUAUCAGCUAGGCGUACCGUUUUCGGAACUGCUACAACUGGUUCGAUCCUCCAGAACAUCUUCCGCUGGAGUGGAAAAAGGAAAUGCCUUGGAGAUCGCUCUCCAGCAACAGACUAUCCUGGACCAGCUACAGAAAACGUUUUUCGAGUCUGUUAUUAACGGCUUCUCUUUCGCUGUGGACCAGUUAGCUUUUUUUCGAGGGUUUUCACCUGAUUCCUUCUUCUGGACCUCCUUCACGACAAGGGAAAAGAAUAUGGUGCAGAAGUUUCGGCGCGACGGCUUUUUGAAAAUCGAACACUGGGACCCAUUGCCGAGUAUGAAGAGGGUGACCAAUGACCGUUGA